AUUAAAUAUAUAUAUGUAAUAUGCACCUCAAUUAGGAGAACAGAUGCGCAAGCAUUUUUUUUUGUGUGUGUGAUAGUACUGUACUUACUGUUUUGGAUUUUCACUAUCAAAAACUCAGAUUUUUCCCAAGAGUACUGGAUGAAAAUAUGAUAUCACAGUGUGCAUCUGCAGUUGAUAAUUUGGCUACUUAUUAUUUCAAGCACAUAACGGUUGGAGAGUCCCCCACUACACCAGCUGCUCUUAAUCUUGCUCGGCAUGUUGCAGGUCGCCCUGGUGUGUUUCCUGAAAUAUUGAAAACCCUCUUUGAGAUUGUCCUAUUUGAGGACUGUGGCAACCAGUGGAGCCUUAGCAGACCAAUGUUGAGCUUGAUACUUAUAAGUGAAGAGGUAAUAGUUGAAACUGCAAAUUUUGAAUUCCGUUCUUGUUUUGUAGUCUUCCUGUUUCGCAGUUCUUUUGUAUGGCAAGUACAAACUAAACAGUAGUCUUA